AUGUCCACCCCCAGCCACGUUGACCCCACCCUGGCGGCCAGCAUCGACAAGCGUAUCCACCUCGAAGUCCAACGUUGUCUCCGUGAGUUCACUACAUCCCCUACACCGGCCACCGAACGUAAACCCGUCGUCUACAACAUCGAUAUUCCAUGUCACCUCUCCACCUGGCCAGCCGACGCUCUACUCUCUGGCGUCGAGACCUUCCGAAUUUGGGACCGCACGUUACAGGACCGCGUUGGCGCCACCAUCUACGAGUACAUCACCACCGGCAACCUCCCCGACCGUGCGGAAGCCAUCGACCACGAGAACGUCGAGAUCUUCGCAGUCCGCGAAGUCUCGGAUGGCGUAGCCGGGAAUGUCCGAAAGUCAUUGCUCACCGUCGAAACCACCCAAAGUCGCACCCAGGCCUACUACAAACACCUUGAUCGGGAGUACAACCCAACGUCGUCACAGUCCACACUCCGUCUUCUGCACUCGUUCUUCAACAUUCCGCGCGCACCUAUGUGUUGA